GUUGUCUGAGCCGAGCGGAUGGGGCAGGUUGGGCUUUCAAAGUUUUGACCGGCCCGAUCCACAACCCUGACAGGACGAUGAGGCGGACCACGGCGUUGCUGCUGCGCCACGUCGGCGGCGGGAUCCCGCAGGCGCUCGCCGACAUGCUCGUCUGCCCCCUGUCCAAGAAGCCUCUCAGGUACUGCGACGCCAGCGGCUCUCUGGUCAGCGACGCCGUCGGCAUGUCCUUCCCGAUAGUAGAUGGAAUUCCUUGUCUCCUUCCGAAAGACGGCAAGUUGCUCGAGGACCACCAGAGGGAAUCAGGACAUGAAACCAGCCCUAGGGAUUCCUCUGAUUGAAUCCACGUUGUUGUACAAGCCGGCAACAUCGUUCUGUAUUUAAAAAGUAAUCGAGAUGGAAGCAAGAGUAUGUGCUGUCCUCAAACUGUUUCUUGUCGCCGUAAAUCAUUCUCACGUUGAUUUGUACUGACUAUUUUGCACAAUGGAAAUAAAAUUAUUACAUGGUA